AGGUCUCCCCUCCCCGCCGCCGGAGCCGCUUCCCUCGGCGGGCUCCAGCGCCGAGCCUGCUUAUUUGGCAGUGUCUCAAGUUACUCCCCUCAGGCAGCUUGAGCCAGUAAAACUAGAUCCUUUCAUCUCGGCGGAGCUUACUGACAACCAGCCGUCUGGUUUCCUAGGAAACAAAAUCUUGGCUAGAAAUAGUGAAUCAUUUCCAGGUCACUUUCAACAUGGAGAGUGGAGCAGGGAAGCAUUGGACUGAGGAGGAGGUUAAAGCCUUGUUAAGCGUCUGGUCAGAAAAAAAUAUCAGAAAGCAACUGCACGGCACCCUGAGGAAUAAAGGAAUAUUUAUCUACAUUGCUAAAAGGUUACAGGAGUUGGGAGUGUGCAGGGACUGGAAACAGUGCCGUGCAAAGUACAAAAACCUGAAGUACGAAUACAGAACGGUUAAAUAUGCCCACAACUCUGGGGAUGUCACUAAAACCAUGAAGUUUUUCCAUGAUCUGGAUGCCAUAUUGCGAUAUGAGCCUGUCACACAAUUAGCAGCAGAAGAAAACGGCAGGUGUUCUGCGACUGAGACGCAGCUGAACACAAGCCCCACAACAGACAGCACGCAAGGUGAGAUACCAGUUUCUUUAGAAGAUGAGGAGGAUGCUCCAGGAGAUCCACUACUUUUUAUAUCUCAUGCCAGACCAGUUCAACUAGGUAAUCCAGCGUCAGCAGUAGAGGCUUCCAAACCACCGGCUUUUAUUCCUACAGUAGCAAAUGAAGGAGGAAAACACUGGACUGUUAAUGAAGUCAGAGCUUUGAUACACAUAUGGUCAGACAAAAAUAUCCAGCAACAACUAGAGGGGACAGUGAGAAAUAAAAGAAUAUUUGAACAGGUUGCUGCUAGACUUCAAAAGUUUGGAAUUGACAGGGACUGGAAACAGUGCAGGACAAAAUACAAAAAUCUGAAACAUGAGUACAAAAGUAUAAAAAGUGCCCAAGACUCAGGGAGUACAAGUAAAAGUAUGAAAUUUUUUAAUGAACUGGAUGCUAUUCUGGGGCACUGCACCAUGGAACAAGCAAGUAAAUCAGAUAAUGAUGAAAGUGAGAGGCCUUCAGAAUGGACAGAAGCAAAAUCAGAAAAGGAUUCUUUAGAAAUGCCUGGAGACACAGGUGAAGAGGACUCUGUUAGUAAUAUGUCAGAAGACCUACAGGUUGCAGAUACAAAGAAAGUUUCUGAUUCAGAUGAUGCUAUUGUAAAUACUACUCCAGAGAAUCGGGCAGCUCUGCAUAUAACGAAAGAAACAGCUAUGACAAAAAUCCUUGAAGAUGAGGGGGACUUUGCCAACUCCACCCCAGUAGCUCUGGAAGCUACACAAGUGAAGAAGGAGACAAUUGAUAUAGAUGAUGAUUCUAUAAGCACUACCUCAGAAGACAGAUCUUGUACACCAGUAGCAAAACGGAUGGUUGGGACAGACAAUCACAUUCCCUUGGAAGAAGCACAAAAUCACUUUAAAGUUAUUACAGUUAACGAUACUGGAGCAGGAAAACACUGGAGUGAUAAUGAAGUUAGGGCUCUGAUAAACAUAUGGUCAGAUGAAAAGAUACAACAGAUGCUUGAAGGGGCCACAAGAAAUAAAGAAAUAUUUGAGGAAAUUGCCAGAAGGUUAAUGAAACGUGGUAUAGACAGAGACUGGAAACAAUGUCGCACAAAGUACAAGAACUUGAAAUAUGAAUACCGUGCACUGCAGAAAGAAAAUGAGCACCUUGGAAAUCCCAAAAGAAAAAUGAGAUUUUAUGAUGAAGUUGACUGUAUCUUAAGAAGACAGCCUCUCGGAACCUCAGGCUGGGGAUGUGAAAGCUCAAGUCCCCUAUCAGUUUCAGUGGCAGAUGCUGCAGCAAACACGGGAUCUUUGAGUAUCAAGAGGAAAACAUGGAAUGAUGAAGUGUCACCUGUUCCACUGAAGAAAAGUGCUUCUGAAAACACCAUAUUCCACUUCCAAAAACUGUUAACAGAGAGAGUGCAUACAGUAACAGAAGGCAAAAAGUUACUGUUUGAAAGGCUUUGUAAGCAGGAAGAAAUGCAAGACCUCAACAGAACACAGCUGUAUGCUGAUCCAUCAGCCAUACAACAGUGUACUCCAGCAAAACGACUUUCUGGAUCUGUCAUGUUUGGGCAUAGACCUACACAGCCCUGCCAAAGCCAGGUCAGUAAUGGGCACAUACAAAGGCACAACUCAAGUCAAACACUCAAGGCCUUAUUACAGCAACAGUCACCACGUUUAUUUACAUACAGAGGCCCAAAUUCCAGCCAAGUCCCUCUUUAAAACUUUACAUAAAAAUAUUACUGGAUAUAAUGUGAUAUGUAUAAUUUCCUGCUCUAUGCUUAAGUAUUUCCUUGUCAAUUCUUUUAUGAGAGACAUUAUGAAGGUAAAUACUUUCCACCAAGGUGGAUUUAAUCUGCCAUUUGACUAGCAUUUUUAAAACAAUUCUGAGAAGUCAGGACAGAGAUCCCUAGAAAAUAAUGGUAUUUUGAUCAGUUAUACAGUGAUAUGGAUACAUAGUUUUUACAGCAUAUGCUUAUCUACCACUUUUCACAUUUUACACUGAUUUCUCAGUAUAAACCUUUGGUUUGUAAUACUGUCACCAAAACUAUCAUUCCUAGCAAUACUAGUAUCAUCAUUGGUUUAAAAAUCUUUCUUCUCUCUCUCUCUUUCCAAUGAAUUGGUUCAAAGGUACAUCCUUGAACUUGUGUUGUAUUAUUUGCAUACAGAGGUGUUGUCUUUGGAAGGAGGACAAGUUUUGCCCCUGCCAUCACAGCAGUCAGGUAUCCCUACAGAACAUGCUGAGUCAGCUGAAGACCUCACCAUUCCCACACUACUAAAAUCACAGGUUACUCCUUCCACAUAUGAACCAGAAAAACGUGUGAUCCAACCCUAAUUCACACCAGUACAUUUAAAAGUUUAGUUCAGUUAUGAUUUAAACUAUUUGAAGUAACUGUACUGAAAAUAAUAUGGGUAACGUACAUGUUUUGCUUUACCUUCUCUGUUUCAUGAGUGCAUGGCUGAAAUUGACUUGAUAACUCAUUUCAACAAGAAGUUCCCCUUUUCUCCAUGCUACUCUGAGUAACCUAGUUCUUGCUGGAUGCCCUAUAAACCAGUUCAUCUCACUAACCUCGGACAAGACUAGCCCAUCUAGUAUGAAAAGACCCUGAAUGGUUUUCUGUGUGAGUUGAAGUAGCUCAACAAGUUCCCAGAUGUGUCAGGACUAACUCUGAACAGCUGAAAAGUUAUUUUUGUUGCAGUGUGCAUGAGGAAAACAGCUAGCACUCUAGAGAUGAUAAUCUGUCACUUUAAAUUCUGCAUGAUACACAAGGAUCCAAAUCUUUCCAAACCUAACUGCCAUUCAGUGCAAUAGCCCAAAAAAAACCCUUUACUUCCUUCCAUCAAAUAAAGAAUAAAAAACUUUUAAUUCAUUAAAAUCACCAGACCUUUCAAGAAUAUGUAUCUAUGCUGAUAUUCAGGUGAGAACAACACAACAGCAUUGAGGCAAACAACUUGCUGAAUACUUAGCAGGUCAGAGCAGAGAAUUGCAGAGCACACUUGCAUUCUUCACUUGGAAAUUGUUCAUGUCAACACUAGGUGGUAGACAUGAAGCAAGAACUGAUAGAAAAAAAGGAACACAAGUGUGUUUACUUUUCAAGUAAAGGGUUUUUUUCCUCAGAGAACUUUUCAGAGAGCAGGAUUUAUCUAACAAAUGUUCAAAGAAUGUGGACUUCCCUUUGUGUGGGAUUCCUCUUCUAUCCUGCUUUGUGACUGCAAAGCAUAGCUUGCUUUUUAAAAUGUUUUGUCAGAAAGUUGUCUUCUGCCCUGCUGUUCAUUCAUUGUCAAUCAAAGAUGGUAAGAGAUGUCAGGUGCAAGAUGGGCCAUUUGGCAUUAUCUGAUAUUUGUGUGCUACUCCCAUUUAUACAGAUAACAAAUAAUUUACUUGAGACAGAUAAAGUGAUAUGAAGACAACCUUU